UGGCAGAGGCAGACCUCAUCCGAAACGGAUAAAAGGACCACCUAAUAUCCACUCCCACAAGGCACAGACGUUUCUUCACACACAGAACAGAAACACAAACAAGAAUGGCGCUGAACCCACUGUCGUCCAUCUUCACAAGUUCAACAUAUCCAAAAUUGACAUCUACAAAAACACCCCAUCAUCAAAGCUUGAAGCAAAACAUAGCAGGUCUAUCAAGAAGAGAUUUCAUCAAUGUUGGGCUUUCCAUAAUGCCACUGGUGAUAUCUCCUCCUCCACCUUCCAUUGCUCGAGAAGUUGAAGCUGGUUCAUUCUUACCUCCAUCUCCAACUGAUCCUAAUUUUGUUAUCUUCAAAGCAACUCCUAAAGAUACUCCUGCUCUUCGUGCCGGAAAUGUGCAGCCUUAUACGUUUAUUAUUCCUCCAACCUGGAAGCAACUUCGUAUAGCUAAUAUAUUAUCUGGAAAUUAUUGCCAACCCAAGUGUGCAGAGCCGUGGGUGGAGGUGAAGUUUGAAAAUGAAAAACAGGGUAAAGUUCAAGUGGUGGCUUCUCCUUUGAUCCGUCUCACCAACAAACCUAAUGCAACUAUUGAAGACAUUGGGACCCCUGAGAAAGUCAUUGCUUCUCUUGGCCCUUUUGUCACAGGAAAUACUCUCGAUCCAGAUGAACUCCUUGAGACUUCUAUAGAGAAACGCGGUGAUCUAACGUAUUACAAGUAUGUUCUUGAAACUCCAUACGCUCUUACUGGAUCACACAACCUAGCAAAGGCAACGGCUAAGGGAAAUACUGUUGUCCUCUGUGUGGUCAGUGCCAGUGACAAACAGUGGGCAUCGUCAAAGAAAACUCUAGAGUCUAUUCUUGAUUCCUUUGAAGUGUAGUUCCUUCCCCUUUUGUGUUAAUCUAGAUGAACUGUCUUCAAUUUCACUGUGUGUUUCCGUAUAUACAAUGCAUGGGAUGAAUGGCUUGAAUAUGAAUUUUGUAACGCAAUAAACAAGAAUGGUUUCUACCGAA